AUGACGGAAAGACUAUCAAUUACUGCAAUGGAGCCCCUCGGAGAACUUGGACGGGAGUUUCUCAAAUCGUACAGCGUAGGCAAUGGUUACGAGCUUUCUCAAACGCUUUCUCCUGUUGCGCCUUCGCACAACGUCAAUAGACUUCAAGCUAUUUUCAAAAGCACGAAUUUCCAACAUGUAGAACAGGAUUUAAGGAAUCAGAUUCUUCAGGAUAGACAGGUCUCCUUUAGGAUGCAGAAAGAUGAAGGAGAGGCUUGGGUAUCUGUAUACCAUGCAUACUGGAAGGCUGUCGGUGAAAUAUUAUUGGCCGAAAAAGCUAUCGCAGCAAAUUCGAAGGCGUCAUGGUUGAGUGUCUUUGAGGCAUGGAAAGAGAUGACUUUGAUCCUUAUACGGGGCUAUGACAAGAACUUGUUUGAAGCUUGGACCGUGCCUUGCUUGUAUGUGGCAGGCAAGUACAUGAGAAUUUUUGCUAUCAAAGCCGAUGAAGGUCUUGCUAAAUCCGCCGUUGCUAUUGACCGAAUGCAAGAAAUAGCCCUAAAUCCUGACAGCGAGGGUCACGAAAAGCUUGAAGAUGCUGCUCGAAUCCUUAACAAAAUCUUUCAAGUAUGCCUCGCAGACAGAGCAGCAUUAGAAGAAUCUAGAAAAUGGGGUAUCUAUUACAUUAUCAACUUGUUAUUCAAAACAUAUUUUAAGCUGAACUCGAUCACCCUAUCACGGAAUAUUUUGAGAGCCCUUCAAGCUUACCGAGGCGAUAUGCCAACACUUGAUGCGUUUCCUAUGGCUCAUCAGGUCACUUUCAAGUACUAUGUCGGUGUUAUCUCUUUCCUUGAGGAGGCAUACGGAGAGGCUGAAAAGCAUCUCACACAUGCCUGGCAAAUGUGCCAUAUAAAUUCCACUCGAAAUAAAGAACUGAUCUUAACGUACUUGAUUCCAUGUCAUCUCUUAACGACCCACACACUACCUACUUGUGCUUUAUUGCAACCGUAUCCUCGCCUUCAGGAGCUUUUUCUCCCCCUAUCCCGCUGCAUUAAAAGUGGGGAUCUAUCUGGCUUUGAUAAAGCUCUCUUAUCAGGAGAGAAUGAAUUCACUAAACGUCGCAUUUAUUUGACACUAGAAAGAGGACGGGAUAUCGCUCUACGAAAUCUACUACGCAAAGUUUUCAUUGCCGCCGGCUUUGAAUCAACUAAAGAUACUAGCGGGCCCCCCAUGCGACGCACUAGAAUUCCAGUUGCCGAAUUUGCCGCUGCAAUUAGUCUCGAUAAUAGUGACCCUAUGGAUAUUGAUGAAGUUGAAUGUUUGAUUGCGAAUAUGAUUUAUAAGAACCUUAUGAAGGGUUAUAUAUCCCGUGAACGUGGCAUUGUCGUUCUUAGCCGUAGUGGUGCAUUUCCUGGAACCGGAGUGUAG